AUGGCCCCUGGUGGUGCCGACAAGAGACUUGAGAAGUCAUACCUCUCCUCUGCAGUCGAUUCCAUCAACCCUUGGGCCGUCAACAGCCGCAGCACAACUCCCACACCCAAGGACAUUCCUGUCCAGCAGCAGCUCGUCAAAGGCACAGGAUCGGCCGCUGGCGACCACAGCACUACCCAUCUAUACGGCUGCAGCGCGAAGAGCUAUCCCUUGGAUUGCCCCCCUCUGCAAGUCCUCUGGUUCCAUGCCGUUGACAUACCCAAGAGAAAGGCCAGAUAUGCCUCAUCUAAGCCCGCCGACGAUUCCAAACCACCCCACCAGCCCAAGAAAUACGUCCAGUUCUCUUCUUCUGACUCGCGAGCCAUCGAAGCUGCCUACCAGGCUCUACUCGAAAAGAGCGAGCACAGUUCAACAAAAUCGGGCUCGCAAAGCUCGUCUCCGAGCCCAAAGAAGCCAGAAAAUAUACUCCGUGAAGCCCACUCAGACACUUCGACAGGUGCAUCCGCUGAAAAAUUGCCCAAGACUACGACAAACGUGCCCGUCAACGAAGACUACUUGUUUGACGUAAACAUUGAGCAGAGAGAGCUUUCGCCAGUGUACUGGAUUGGCCCCGUGUAUGAUGUUCGACGUGGGACGUGGUUCUACCAGGAAGGCUCAACGCUUCGUCCGUGUGAGGAGAACUUGGCGUCUCAACUGGAAGAUGGCUUCCUCAAAAUCAAGCCCUGGCUUUAUCCUAAGCCCAAAGUGGCUCAAGAUGACAAAAAGAAGGAAACCGUUAGCAUACCGUCGACGGCGGUUUCUGGCGACGCAUCCAUAGGCUCCGCAAAGUCCGAUGUGCCUGCGACGUCUGCGCAGGCGCCCAUUCCUGGCCCCCUGGGUCAACCUCAGUCACAUAGGUUGUUCGGCACUCACAUGAACAGUAUCGCCACAUACCAAGACUCGAGCACGGCAUGGUUGUCCUCCGACACUAUGCUGUCAUGGGUCACAUCUACCAUGUAUGAGCGAUUCUCUGGUGGUGGUUACAUGAGCGGUGUUAAACUAGUCCGCGGUUGGUCAGAUCUCACCAAGAAUGCCGAGACAAAGAGCACGGCGGACCAGCGGCCAGCGAAGCAGACAAGCACCGAGACAUCUGUAGAUCUGGACGAGAAAGAACAACGCAGACUCAAGAGAAGAUCAGCCCCGCCGUCCACUGAUCCCGGUCGGCGCGAUACAGAAACCGGUGAAAGUCGCAAUGAUCAGCAGUUCAGAGAGACUCACCUCCAAAGGCAACUGUCAUCGCUGAUGGGGGACACCGGCAACGCUGAAGAGAAAGAAGAGGCCAUGAGACGACAGGCUGAACAGGAAAUACAAGACGAUUACACUGGCCUCGCCGAUGAAACCCAAGGUCGCGACAUCGAACACUUGUGUUUGGGGACGCAUGGGAAAGGCCAGCUUUUUGGGAAAUGA